AUGAAGUCGGUGCUCUUCAGCCGCUUCUUCAUCCUCCUGCCCUGGAUCCUGAUCGUCAUCAUCAUGCUCGACGUGGACACGCGUAGGCCCGCGCCCCCGCUCACCCCGCGCCCCUACUUCUCGCCCUACGCCGGGGGCCGCGGGGGCGCCCGCCUCCCGCUCCGCCGGGCCGGCCCGGGGCGCGGCCGGGAGCAGCGCAACGAGUCGCGGCGGCCGCCGCCGCCCGAGCCGCCGCAGCCCACCAUCUAUGCCAUCACGCCCACCUACAGCCGCCCGGUGCAGAAGGCCGAGCUGACACGCCUGGCUAACACGUUCCGCCAGGUGGCGCAGCUGCACUGGAUCCUGGUGGAGGACGCGGCGGCGCGCAGCGAGCUGGUGAGCCGCUUCCUGGCGCGCGCGGGGCUGCCCAGCACGCACCUGCACGUGCCCACGCCGCGGCGCUACAAGCGGCCCGGGCUGCCGCGCGCCACCGAGCAGCGCAACGCCGGCUUGGCCUGGCUGCGCCAGAGGCACGGGCACCAGCGCGCGCAGCCCGGCGUGCUCUUCUUCGCCGACGACGACAACACCUACAGUCUCGAGCUCUUCCAGGAGGUAGCGGCCGGCGCGCCCCGCCGGGGGGUGGGGUGGGGGCGGGGGGGGCCGGGGCCCCCGCGUGCCGGUCCUCCGGCCGCUGCGCGGGCUGUGUCGGGAGAGGCUUCUGCAGGCCGCGCAGAGAAGAAGCCACUGGCUAGACUCGGGGCAUCCGCGUCCCGUUUCCUCUGGGCCAACGCCACCAGCCUCGGAGCUUCCUCAUCCAGAAAACGAGGUGAUUCCACUCCCCAGGCCUUCUCCACAGGAUCGUUGGGCGGGUCAAACGGAAUGAUUCUGAUGGCAGCCAACCGUGAGGAAAUGGGACUCCAGAUUAAGGAAGGAAAGUAA